CUUAACAGUUUAAGAUAUAUAACGUUAGUUUCUUCUUCUCCAUCUCCAAACCCGUAAGAACCACCUGCAAAAGCUUUGACUGGCUUUUUUUUCUCUCCAUUGAAGAAGCUCCCUUCGCGCAAAUAUGGAAAUUGAUAGUGAUGUUAACAAGAUGAAUAUAAAAUCAGCGGAGGAUGGUAGCACUUCGAUGCCAAUGGAGUCCCAAGACGACUCUACUAAUCCGGCAAAAGGUAAAGAAAAGGAAGAACUCAGUGACUGCAUGGGAAAACUACACAUUGAGGGUUCAUCUUCUGGGGAGAAAGGAGCUUCUUCAAGUCAUUUUAAGAAGAAACCGGUCAUAAUUAUUGUUGUUGGGAUGGCAGGGAGUGGAAAAACAACAUUUCUUAAUAGAUUGGUCUACCACACACAUGUUUCUAACUAUCGGGGUUAUGUCAUCAACCUUGACCCUGCUGUGAUGACCCUCCCAUUCGGUGCAAACAUUGAUAUUAGAGAUACCGUUCGCUACAAGGAAGUCAUGAAGCAAUUUAAUCUUGGACCCAAUGGUGGAAUUCUUACUUCACUUAACUUGUUUGCUACUAAGUUUGAUGAGGUAGUCUCAGUUAUUGAGAGACGAGCAGAUGAGCUUGAUUAUGUACUUGUAGACACUCCUGGUCAGAUUGAGAUAUUCACCUGGUCUGCUUCUGGUGCAAUCAUCACCGAAGCUUUUGCUUCUACAUUUCCUACUGUGGUCACAUAUGUAGUUGACACACCCCGCUCGUCUAGCCCAGUAACUUUUAUGAGCAAUAUGCUUUAUGCUUGUAGUAUACUUUACAAGACACGGUUGCCUCUUGUGCUCGCAUUUAACAAGAUCGAUGUGGCUCAACAUCAAUUUGCUUUAGAGUGGAUGGAAGAUUUUGAAGCAUUUCAAGCUGCAAUAAAUGCAGAUGACUCUUACUCCUCAACUUUAACCCAGAGCCUCUCCCUUGUACUGGAUGAGUUUUAUAAGAAUUUACGUUCUGUAGGUGUAUCUGCAGUUUCUGGUGCUGGAAUGGAUGACUUUUUUAAGGCAAUAGAAGCAAGUUCUGCAGAGUAUAUGGAAACUUAUAAGGCUGAUCUUGACAAGAGACGUUCAGAGAAGCAGCGGUUGGAGGAAGAGCGGAGGAAGGAGAAUAUGGAUAAACUGAGGAAGGAUAUGGAGAAGUCCAACGGUGAAACUGUGGUUUUAAGCACUGGUUUGAAAAACAAAGAAGAGACCAGUAAAGUCAUGAUGGAUGAAGAAAAUGAAGAAGUAGAUGAGGAUUUUGAGUUAUUUUCUGAAGAUGAGGAUGCUAUAGAUGAGGAUGAAGAUGAAGAGGUUUCUCGGUUCUCAUUUUAGUGGUGAUGCUUCAACCCUCGAGGGUAGUAUGAUUUGUUUGGAGCAAAACUGUGUAUAAGACUUGUUUGGAACAAAACUGUGUAUAGAACUAACUUAAAGAUAUGAGGCUAUAGAAGAUAAUGGUGCUCACUGUUUUGUCAGGCUUGGCACAGUUUUUGACA